CGCGCGUCGUGUAACUUUCACACCGGCAGUGUUAAAAAUUUUAAUACCAAAUCAUUCACACCACACCGGGGACUCAAAAUUUUUUACAGUGUAUUUAUAUUUUUUAUUUUCGACUAUAAUUUGAACUUGUUAUUAACUUCAAGUAAUUUGCUUUAAAUUUCGAUGAAAAUUUUUAACACUGUAUAGUUCUAAAAAAAUUCGACAGAUUUAUGUACGUACAUGCACUGUAAAAAAAAUUACGGACCGAAUCUAGAUUAAAUCUGAAGUGAAUACGGAGCGGAUGACUAUUUAUUUAUUUGAUCCCCUCGGAGUGAAAUUCAUUCCGAAGGAGGGUUUAUUUUAAUAUUGAAAAUCUGAAUCAAAAUAUACUCCCUAUUUACUCCGUAUGCGGAGUGAUUUCUUCUAAAACUUCGGAACUCCGAUUGACGGAGUGAAUCUGGAUUUAAAUAAAAUUCGUAAUCACUCCGAAUCCACUCCCAAUUUUUUACAGUGUAUUAUCUUGUACUUUGAUUAUUAAAAAACAAUUAUUGAUACAAUAUACUGCCCGGGAAAUUAAAUGAUUGACAUUUAUAUAUGUAUAUAGCAACUCUCAAAAUACAACUACAUCAAGUCUCCCGUCCGAAAUAAGCUUUGUACUCGUUUGGUCCAAUUGUGUUACUUAUAGGCACUAGAAUAAUUCUAGCUUUUCACAAAACUAUUAGUACUACCGUGAUCACUCGCAUUCAGCUCCCAAAGCCUAAAGUAAUCACGUCGUUCAAUAAUAAAAUUUCUCUUUUAAUUAAAUCGCUAAAAUAAAAUAUUUAAAAAUUUUUUAAAUAUUUAAUAGUGCCAAGAAUGGGUCGUAAUAAAAAGAAAAAUAAAAAAAUAAAUUCGUCAGAAGAAAAUAUAAUAACAGAUAAAAUAAAAAAUGAAUUAAAUUUAAGUAAUGAUGUAAAUAAUAAAUUAUCAUUAUCAUCACCAUCAUCAACUUCAUCAUCAGGAACUUCAAUUUUAAAUAUUUACGAAAGAUUAAAUUUACCAUUAAAACCAUCCGGAGUUGAUUUAUCAAUUGACAGUGAUGAUGAAGAAACGCUCGAGUUUCAAAUAAGGCCUCGAGUAUUUUAUGUAUGCAAUUUAUGUUUAGUUUGUAUGAAUAUCUGUACAACAGGCGUUAAGUGUAAUAAUUGUCAUAUGGUUUAUUAUUGCACGGAAAAUCAUCGAGAUGAGGAUAAACCGAAACAUAAUGAAUUGUGUUGUGCAUUAUCACGUGUAUGUAAAGGUAUGGAAGGUUUUUCAUUGGCUAAAAGUUUACCACCAGAUUUAUAUCGUUCAUUUCGUAUGAAAACAAUAGAUGUUGUUGAAAGAUUAAUUAGAAGACGUUUAGAUUUAUGGGAACGUGAAAUAUUAUUGUAUCCAAAAAUAUGCCGUUCAUGUAAAAAAAUAGAUGAUGAUUUAAUUUGUUGCUGUAAUUGUAAUAUCGAUUUUUAUUGUAUUAAUCACAAAGAUGAACAUGAUAAAUGGUGUAAAGAUUUUCAAGUAUUUCGCAAAAUAUUGUGGAUGCAGCAUCAGCACGGCUUCGUUGAUCCCGAUGUACCGGUUGUAUUUUAUAAAGAAUCACAUGUCUUACCAGACAAUUUUGAUUUAUUAAUGUAUCAUAUGUAUGACAAUAGUCCUAUUUAUAGGCGAAUUGAUUGCUAUACUUAUGCGAGUUUGUCUUAUAUUUCAACGGCACCGUUGACAUCAUUAUUUGCAAUGCAAAAAUCAAUUGAUAACUGGGAAUUAAAAAGUGAAUUUGUUAUUCAUAUUAUUGGCGCUGAAUUUCAAUUCGAGUGUGCGGCAUUACGCGUGUGGGAAAAAUUAUUCCUUCAUUUUUUACCAAAGUUGAAAAAAUUACAUUUAGAAUUUACUGGCCCGGAAUUAUAUUUACCUCCACAAUUACCGUGUGAAUUAUUGGGUAAAAUAAAAAUGUGCCGACGUUGUAAAUCAGAAAAACGUAAAAUUUUUAUUUCGUUUAAUGAUCAAAAAUUAUAUCACAAUACGGAUGAUAAAAAACCUGCUGAUUUAAUUUGUUUAUUCAAUCCGGGAUUGUAUCGUGAAACUGGUUACGAUGGUAUUGACACAUGGCCAUUGACAAUUAAAAAGUUUUGCGACGCUAAAGUCCCAGUUGUCAUUACCUCAUACACGGAAUUUGAAAUACCACGUGAUAUUGAGAGAAUUAAAACAAUUUGUGGUAUCGAAAUGCUAUUAGAGCCUCAGAGAAAUCAAUUUGCGGCCGUUAAACCUGAUAGAAAUUUUGUUAGUGAUGAUGUUGUGCCUUUGAUGUAUAAAAAUUAUUGUAUAAGCAUUGUUAAAGGUGUUUAAAUAUAAUUAUAAAUUUUUUACUCAAGUUUAUUAUAAAAUCACAAAAAAUGAUUAGUUUUUAAUUAAUUUACUAAAGUGUUUUUAUCAUUUGUUUUUACUAAGUACAAAUAAUUUGAAUUUUUUUUAACUUCUCGCUAUGAAAUUUCUAAAAAAGGAAAGUUACGGUUUCGGUCUAAAUUUCGAAAAUCCAAGAAAGUCCUAGAAAGCUAUUUUGACCAUUAGUAGAUAAAUGUGUGUGCGUGUGUGGAUGUGUGUGUGUAUGUAAACUUUUUUUAUCCGACGAUAUAUUUAGAACGAAUCAACCGCUUUGAACGUGCUUGCAGCAAAUAGAAGGGCUCACCAAGACUUAGAAAUGAUUAGAUUUUGAAGUCAAUUGGUCGCGUAAUUUACGAGUUAUACGAGGAGUUGUCCCGCAGAGUCAACCGUUUUUCAGAUUUUUUCUUUUUUAAAUGUUUUCUUUGGAUAGCUGUCAUUACGAUGAUUAUUGAUGUAAUAGAUAAUAAGAUUGUAUUAAAUUUUGUAAAUCGAUGAUUAAAACAAAAAAUAAUAAUAAUCAUGAAAAUGUUGAUUCAAUUUGAUUUAAAUUAUAUCAUUUUGAAAUAGAAAUAACCAAAAAAAUUUAAUUACAAAGAAAACAAGUUUUUUUUUUUUUACUUUUUAUUGAUAUUUUGAUAUUGAAAUUUUGAAAUAAUGAUGAAGUGGAAAAAUUCUAUAAAAUAACGUAAUUUGAAAUUCACGUCAUGAACAUGGGUUCGAAUUUUAUUUGUGACACUAAUUGUAAUAUUUAAGUGAUUAAAAUAAAUAAGAAGGAGAGUUAAAUAUCGAGCUAAUAAAAUUAAACGCCUGGUUUAUUUGUUGAGUGGAUAGAGGUCAGGAUACUUUUUGAAAAAUUCAAAAAUCAGUAUUCGAGACCCAUGAAACAAUAACUUUUUUUUUUUUAACUUUCUGCCAUGAAAAUUGAAAACUAAAAAAAAAAAGUUAUUUUGUGUAAACUAAUUUUUAUCGUACGAUAUCUUUAGAAAGAGUCAAUCGAUUGGCUACAUAUUCAAAUUUGAAUCAAAUCUUAGUCUCAACAAACAUUUUCGAUUACCCCCGAAUUACAUAUAAUCCGGUUAACCCUUAGCGGCCACAUGUAGUAACUAAUUACCCCACGCUGAAAAACCUACACGGAAAAAACAAUAUAGUAGUGGCAACUUUCUGGGAUAGUACUGAGUACUUUCUAAAAAAAAAAAAAAAAUUUCAGACAGUACUGUAUGCUAUCUAGACUGUAUCCACUAUUCUCUGAAUGGUACUGAGUACUAUUCCGGACAGUAGUGGAUAUAGUCUAGAUAGUAGUGGAUACAGUCUAGAUAGCAUACAGUACUGUCUGAAAUUUUUUUUUUUACAGGAAGUACUCAUUACUAUCCCAGAGAGUUGCUACUACUAUACUGUUUUUUCCGUGUAGUUGUACAAGAUAUAUGGGUGUUUUAAGAUUUCUAACCGAUAGUUUCAUAUUUGUUGAAGAGUUCUUCAACAUUUCAGAUGAUUUUUAUCGGUCAAUUUAUGGAUGGCAUUCUAAAAACUGGUCAUAUAUGUGAUCAGUUUUUUUUCGGCUUUUUAUGUAAUGGAGUCACAUCUCCCACUUGUCUACUACCGGCAAAUGUCGUUAGUUGUAUCAAUUUCGAAGGUUUUAGUCCUCUAAUUAUACUUUUUCUGGGCCUAGGGUAACUAGUUAUCCCGUGUGGCCGCUAAGGGUUAAUUAGUUUACGAAAUAUUGUACAACAAAAAUUCCUUUUUUUUAAUUGAAUUUACUUUUUUAGUCCAAUAAAAAAAUAACAGAGUGAGUCGUUUUCCAUUUUAUUUUGUAAAUUUUUUGUAUUAGCAAUUGAACAUCAUGCAAUAUUUUUAAGACAGCAAUUAUUAGUCGAAAAUUUCUUUUUAUCCAAUUAAAUUAUCGAUUUUAUUUUCAUAUAGACAAUGAAAUAGAAAUAAAUUAAUUCUAGUAAACAAAUUGAACAGUAAGUAUUUGUAAUGUACAAAAAAGU